CUGAAGCUGAUCCACUAUCACGUGAUCAUAUUUCCCCGGACGCGCCAACUCCGUGAAAUAAACUCGCACAUACACCUCCCAACAAACAUCCAACGCAGAGACCCGACCCUGCCCAAAAUGCCCGUCUACCUAAUAUCCAAAGUCGCAGACCCCAUCUUCGCCCUCGCCAUCGGCACCUCCGCCGCCCUGCUACGUAUCCAACGGGACCAGCGCGAGAAAUUCCCCGAGCGGGCGAGCUCGAUAGGCAUCGGGGGUGUUUUGCAGAUGGGCACGAGUCGGGUGCAGAGGUGGUGGGCGGGCGAUUUUAAUGGUCUUUAGAAGGAGACAGGGAGGGAGGGAUAGUCACUCAUCCUCAUACUCAAAAACACAUACAAUAAUGAUCUUGUUAUGUUCUUCUGCUACUUGUUCUUGUUUGUUAACUGGGUUUGUUAUAUAUUACCAGGGGGAAGGGAGGGAGGCUUUGCGGCUGGAUGGCUGGCUGGCUGGAGUUUUGCGAUGGGAGUGGAGGCUUUCUCGCUCGCUCGCUCUUUCUCUCUCUCUCUCUCUCUCUCUCUCUCUCUCUCUCUCUCUCUCUCUUGCGUCU